AUAUGAAAGUGUGCGCUUCGAAAUGGCUUGCUCUCUCGGUCUGAAAAAGUGCUUAGGCGUCUGUGGUAAUCAUGACGAAGUAAGAUCUGUCUUUAUGAAUGAAUUUUUCAUAGGAGCUUUUGUUAUCUACUCUGUCAAGCGUUGGAGCACAACUACAACAUGGCUUCAAGUACUAUUCUCAGGUUGGUAAUCCUGAUACUUUGUCCAAAGAGCAUGUGCGACUCUUUGUCAAAAAGAUGUCUGGAUUCUUGGAUCUUUCUGAAUCUCUAAGUCAUGAAAUUCUAGUUCAUUUCCUUGCUGUUGAAGAUAUUCCGGAUGAUCAUAUAGAUGAGGUGCUUUCAGGUUGGUCAGCAAAUCGCCUCUUGGAAGACAUUCGACGGUUCUACUGGAAAGAUCGCAUAUGUCUAAUUAGACUUCUGAAGCUAUGCGUUUGCCAAUGGCACGAUUCUUGGUCACUGAUUUCCGAUGUUCUUUUUGCAAUGACAUCAUACGAAAGCUGCAAGGAUUUAGUUGUUGAUGCUUUAGAUGAAUAUCUCAUUCAGCACCAAAAUACAUGCUCUUUAAUUGAAAGUUGGAGUCAUUCAUCUUCAGGUUUUGUUUCGAAUCGUAACACAGUUGGAGCUGAUGAAUCGAAUCAAUUUGGUGUGAUUACUGCCCAAAAACUAAAGGAGUUAAUUGAACUGCUUGAACUUAUCCUUCUAGGUGUUCAUGGCCUUUGUCUUAAUGGUAUGAAUAAAAAUUCUCCCGUUGUGUUUAAAAAAGUGUUGGAGACGUUCUGGUCUAUUUCCUUCGGAUCGUCUCUCAAAAAUCUUAGGACAAAUAAUUUGAUGGUGGACCAAAUUUGUUUCACACAGACACUUAUUCUUAUUCGAGCAGCGAAUUUGGAUUCUAUAGUUUUGUUUUCGAAUCAGUCACUCGAUGACUUCGCAUUGCCCUACCGCAGGUUGAAAAAUUCUAAUGUUGCAUCUAAAUCAAAAUUGGCUUCAGAAAAUACCACUAGUUCAAAAGAUGAAGUACCCGCUCACUUCCUAUAUGAUUCGAAUUUACUAAAUCGACUGCUAGCUAGUCUAUCGAACCUUGGGGAGUAUCAGGUGCACGGGCCAUUGUUGUUAUUUGGUGCAGUUUGUGCAAUUGCUUUCACUCAUUCGGGGUCAGUUUCUCGUAACUCAUCGGAUCCGAGUCCUGACUCAACCUACGAACUUUCUGAUUACGCGAAGUCACAAAAUCUUGAUGAGAAUAUAUUUGUUAUUUCUGAACAUUGUGCUCAAAUAUCGAUCCAGAAUCUCGAUGUAUUUCGAUUUUUAGUUGGGAAAUUAGAUCGUAUGGAUUUCAGUCCACCCCAGGUCUCGCAUAUGGAUUGCAAUGUUCCUGUCCCAUAUAGUGAGUUUACUGCUAGUCUCGUUAGCUUGGCUACUCAUAGCGCUAUAUUUGAUCUGGUUACGCUCCUAGCACGAGGUGUCACAUUAUGGUCGUUGGAUAACAAUCCCCCUCCUACUUCACAGUUAUUUGAUUCUCUUGAUUAUCCAAACAGAGAUGGAUUUCUUACUUUGUUCUCACGAACUCUUCGAGUUGUUGUAACUAAUGCCCAUUUGGUUCGUUGUCCAAUGUCUAAGGGAAUUCCGGACACUUCAGAUGACGUUCCAGAUUCUCCAGUGGAUAGUGGCCCGAGAAUCGGCUGUCGGAUUUUUGGACUCAUUGAAUCGCUUAUAGAAAGUUUUCCGUAUGAUUUAAGCGUACUUCGUAUCUAUACAAGUUUGCUUGUUCCUUCAAGCAGUGCUAAAAUUAAAUCGGGAUCUAUCGAUCUAGUUAAUCAUGUCAAAGAAUUUAUAAAUCGUGUUCCAUACCUCGCUGAACCACUGACUGAAUCAUUAUCAAAAAACUUGUCUCCACGAAAUGCGUCAUUAUACCCACAGCUUACCAGUAAUAUCGACAAGAAAUUAUACAUGCAGGUUGUUUUAAAUAAACCACGAACGGUCAUGACUGUCAAUUCAAAAAUAACCUCAUCAUCUACCAGUUUACCUGAGAGAAAUAACAUCUUCUCAGGAGUCUACUUGGUAUCAGGGACACAAGGUUAUGUUGAUCAAGAUUUAGGUCUUAUUGUAUGGCGUAUUGAAUAUUCUCUUUGGCAUGUAAUUGGCAAUGAGAUUUAUUUAGCUGAAUUGGCACUCAACGAUUUUCAUAAAUCUAUUGAUUCAUUUAAGGAUAAAUAUGAAGCUCGUGUGAUAUUAAAUACUACGUCAUAUGACUGUGAGUUACUUCAAACUCAAGCCGAACUUUAUGCUCAAUUUUAUACUAGGUUAACAAGAUUGUUGGAUCUCCUUGAGUUUAUAUCCGCUUGUUUCAAGUGUGAUUUGUAUAUUUCUCAAUGUUUAAUAUCAAUUGAAUAUAUUUGGAUGAUAAUUUUACGUUAUUUAAAUAUUAUACCAUCUGACCAAGUCAAUUUAAUUGUUCAAUAUAUCACUAAUAACAUAUCAUCAUCGUCAUUCAUUAAAAUACAUCGAAAUUUUUAUGGAAAAAUUAAAUCUUCAAAUGAAAUAAUAACAAAUCGUAAUUCAAUUGAUGAAUUAAUUAUUUAUUCGUUAUUACCUAAUUUAUUGUGUUUAAUUGGACAUUCGUUAUUAAAUUUACCUACAUUAAGAUCAAAGCAAUUAAUUAUGGAAAAUAUUAAUCUAUUGACUAAUGUAUUAAAUAAUAGUCAUAGUAUUAUACCACGUAUGGUUAUUAAUCAGAAUAGUCAAAACUCACAAUUAACAUUUGGACUUAAUUCUUGUUAUUUAAUUAACACUAUUCUUAAUUAUAAUUCAUCGGAACCAAUUAAUUUUUUAAAUUUCCACCAAGUAACAUCAUUACAUCAUUAUUCAACAAAUGAAUAUCAAUUACUUAUUUCAUAUAUUAAUUUUAUAUCUGGAUUAUUUUUCUUUAUUCGAUGGGCAUAUUCUAAUUCAGAAUUUAUUAUUGAAAAUAUUCAUAUUGAUAUUAUACCAUUAUAUAUAGAAUGUUCUGAAUUAAUUCAUGGAUGUCUUGUAUUUAUUAUUCAAUAUCUUAUGAUAAUGUGCUCACAAGUAGAUUAUUGUAAUGAAAAUUUCAAUAUUCAUUCUAUUAAUAAUGGAUUAAUUCAAAAAAAUCUUUUAUUAAAAGUAGAUUUUGAUCAAUUAGCUAAUCUAGCCGAACAUUGUUUCAUGCUAUUAACCGAUGUAUUAACAACUCGUACAUCGGAACAAGAUAUACAAAUUUUACGAAUGAUUUUAAAACAACUUAAACAAGAAUCUUCAUCAUCUUCAACAUCACUGUUUCAUUUAUUUCCUAAAUUCAUAUCUGAAGAAAAUCAUUGGCCUAUAACUUAUCAGUGUAUCACAUUACAUUUAUUACUCAAUGAUACACGUUCAUUAAAUGCUUUAAUAGCAUUCUCAUCAAUUCACCAAAGUAUUUUAUUGAGACAAACAGAAUCCAUUGAAUAUGGUUUCCCUAUGUCAAUCUACUUGAAUAAUUGUGAUAUUUCAAGGAAAAAGAUUCUAGUGGAUAAUAGUAGUUCACCAACUGUAAGAGCUGUUUGGUUAUCGCUUACAUUAGUUCAUCAUUUACUUAACUUAGAAAAUAAAUUAAUGAUUGAACCAGACAAUUCGAAUUCAACUCCUCCUCCUCUAUUGACAAGUUUGCAGUGUUAUUCUAAUUCAUUCACUGGGGAUCAUUACAUCACCACUUUAUUCUCUUAUCUUCGGUAUUCGUUUAAUGUUGGAAUUUCUCGUUUGGUUGUUGCAUUACUAAAGUGGAUAACACAAUAUUCAUCUGUUGAUAUUACAAAUUAUUUGGGCAAUGAGUUAAAUCAAACACGUGCGUCUUGCCUGAAGAGAUUAGUUUCCACUACAGAAGAUCAAUUGGUACGUGUUGGAUUGUAUGAUUUAUUAUCAGAGACAGUAUUAAAUAGUGAAAAAUAUGGACCUAUUAGUUCACGAUUGCCAUUUGGACUACUACGUUUACUUUUAACAGACGGAACUAUUAUAGGUUCAGAUAUGGAGUUCAAUAGAACGAUGGCUACUAAAUCCAAAGAAAUUUCAAAUUCUGAUUGUUUGGAUUGUGUAAUAGAUACACUUAAGGAACUUCAGAAUAAAUCUUUCCAGAAACAGUUUGACGAUAAUGAUAAUACUAAUAAUAAUCGGUUAUCAACUGUAUUGUUUUGGAGUGUGACGAAAUUUAUCUCAUCUCUUUAUCUCCUAAAUAUUCAACCAUGCAUCGUAAAUUUAAAACAAAGGUGUGACUUUUGGAAAACUCUGACUGAUCCUUUUUUCACUCUUUUAAGAUUACAAGAAUCCGAAAAGGAACCAUUAUCAGAUAUUGAAAAUGAACUCUGUGGAGAUGUUGUCAGUAUUUUAGCGUUAGAACUCUACAAUAAGACAAGCUGUACAACAAACGAUGAUAGUUUUAAAUCGUUUACAUCAGUUAUGGAUUAUUUUGUGAAGAAUAAUUUGUACAAUUUAUGGUUUAAGUUAACUCGUAAAUGUUUACAUAAAAUAUUAUCGUCCAGUGAAUCGGAAGAUGUAUCUAUAGAAUAUCUUCAAUCUCGGCUAACAUCUCUACACAAUGUAACAUGUCGUUGGAAAUGUUUAUUAUUGUUAAAUUACAAUGAUGGCAAUGUCGAUGAUAAUAAUUUUGAUAGUAAUGAUAGUAAUUCCAAUAGAAACCAAUUAAUAAAUUCAAGAAAGCAAUCAAAAGAUGAUUUUAUUACAAUACCUUUAUCGAUUUUGAAUGAUUUAAUUGAAUGUUUCAAUCUACUGCGUGAUCUGCCGCCGAUUCAGGCAACUUUUGAUUUAGGAAAUCAAUUAGCUACAAUACUCAAUACAACUUUAGUGUAUUUAUAUAAAACUUAUAAUACGUCAAAGAAAAACACACUAAUCGAAGAAUUAUCAACGAAUGAUUUGGCUAAUUAUUUAACAAAACUGAAUGAUCUCUUGUCAAGUUUCCAACUGGCUAUAGAUUUCCAAGUUCAGCAUAUGCAUUCAGAUCUACUAGCUAGUACUUACAUACUGUUCAGUUGGUAUGAUUCGAAAAGAUUAAAUGAAAAAACCACAGAUGAUCAGUUUGAAUUACUUCAAUCUUCUUUAUUCAAUAAUGUGAUUUGCUUUUUAAACUUACUCACACGUAAUCCUAACAUAAGGAAAAUUGAAGAAUCUGCUAUUUUACAGUCGGUCAAUUUAAUCAUCUUCUUAUGGGAUCAUAAUCAAUCUACAACAUUAUUUACACGUCUCACUGAUACUGGUGUUUUGAAUAAUAUUUUCAUUUUAUUAACUGAAUGUACCAAACUUAAAGAUGGUGCAACUCUCAGUCAUAGUUUAAUUAGCUUACUUGUGAAAUUAGUGAUCAAUUCAUCUCAACCUUUGUGUAAUAUAGCAACACUAACCAGCACUUCCAAUGUGAAUAAAUUACCUCAUUCUAUAAGAACAGAUUUAGACGAAUCAAUUAAUCAAUGUACUGAUGAAUCAGAGAAUAAUUUAAUAAAUAAACCGAAGAAUAUAAUUACUCAAUUAGUUUUAUCCUAUCAUGAAUAUAUGUCACAAGCAUUCUGUUGGCCUCAGUUAGAUACUUUACGUCAAUGGUUGCAAGAUGGUGAAUCGUAUUCAAAUAUGCAAGCUAAUUCAUUUGAUGAUCAUUGUUACAUGAAACAAACACAAUCUGUAAAUUACGAUUGGAAUGCUGUACUUAUCUUGGAGAUGCGAUUUCUAUGCUUACUUCAUGAUAAUCUUGGAGGUAUGAAGCAUCCAUUAGUCUAUUCGCUAAUACAAAAUUUUUGUAUGGAUAAUGCUAGUCAAUUGGAAUUCUUUGUGAAUUAUUGGUGUUCAUCAUUGUAUAAUAAUAAUAAUACAUCCAUUAAUGAUCAACAUCUUAUGUCUCCAUUACCGAUUACUAGUGUAUUAAUUCAACAAGGUAUAUUGUCCACAGAUCGAAUUCAAUUAGCUGAAACUAUUUUAAAGUUAUAUUGGCGUAUUCUAGUUGCUGCUGAAUAUAUCAGUACAUCAGGUCUACCUAUAAUAGCAUCAAAUAUCCUAUAUUCAAACCAUUCACGAAUUGCAAAUCUCAAUUCCCAUAUACCAUGGCCAUCUUAUGGUCCUACUGUACAUUCGGAAUUCUUUAACACAGUAUUCAAUCUUAUUCAAUGCCAAAUACAUUGUUGUUCAAUAUUGUUUCAACGUCACGGUUUUAAAUCAUUUAAAAGUGUUUCAUUCUCAGGAUCACAUAUAACACCAACUAAGUCUGGAAUUACCGGUCAAUCAUCAUCAAGUCCAUCAGGUAUACUUACAUCUACACUGCCUAAAACAACAUUAAUGAUGAGUAAAUCAAAUGAAGUUGUGACAAGUUCACAUUCUGUUAGCUCAGUAUCAAUGGAAUCAUCUGGUUCAGAGACUAGUGAAUUAAAAUUCCUUUAUCUCAUACGACAUCUUAUUAUGUCACUUAGUGUAUUAAUGGUUCAAUUGCCUAUCCUCGGCAAAGCAUCUUUAAUGACAUCUGAUGAAUUGAAAUACUUGAAAGUUCAUGUUCAUCUUACAUUUAAUAGUCCGAAUUUAAAUGACAAUUCAACUGUAUUAACAUUUGGUGUUCUAAUUAACUUAGCUAAUUCAUUAGGCAGUUUAUCUUCAAAAUUAGGUAGUGUAUGGAAGUCCUGUCAAACUAGUGAAUCAGUAAUUGCACAAAGAAAACGAGAACUCUGUUCUUUGGUUCAACGUGCUUAUGAAAUGGUUCUAUCGAUAAUUUUCUCUCAGUCUACUAUACUUUUGACGAGUCCAUCUGUUAGACCUAUGGAUAAACAAUUACUUUUACGUGAAUUAACUGCUGAAUUGGAAGCUUGUCACUCUUUUGGUAUAUCUUUGCGCCGUACAUCUGUCGGACAUCCUACCACAAAUACGUUUUUACCUCGAAGUCCAAGCAGUCGAUCUUCCAGUACACAUUUACGUUUAAGUUCAGCAUCUCCUCAAACACCGGCUUCGAGUUCAAGUCAUUUACGGAAUGCACCACCGUCUUUAGGUUCAACUAUCCCAUUAACAGAUUCAUCCAGUUUCGGUUUUGAUAAAGCUGCUAAUCGGUUCAUAGAACUUUCACGUCUUAGUUUGUAAAUGUUUUUUCAUCUUCAAGUGAAUUCUUUUUCAUUGUAUUUCUAAAAUAAAUCUUUGUAUGCACUUGUAUAUGUUUAGAUUUAUGUUACUUAAUAUAAAUGAAUGUUAUUAUAA